CCCCCCACUCACAGCACCAUCACAUCCUCCCAAAACCAAUGAGCAGCUUUCAGGCAGAUAUUUCCUCCUAUAGAGACAUAAACGCGGGGUGCUAUAGGGUAGCUAGGAAAGCAGGCGGGGCUAAUACUGACAGCUCCGCCCCCAUUCCUGGAGUGACCCCCACUUCUCUCUCUUCCUGUAGAUCCACGAGACCAUUGAAUCAAUUAAUCAGCUGAAGAUACAAAGGAGAUUUCAUGCUCAGUUUCUCCCGGGACCCAAAGGGUUACAUACAGGACUGGCUCCUCUCCCAGAGCAGGGACCUGAAGAUCAUGACUGAUGUUGUGGGGAACCCCGAGCAGGAGAGGCGAGCCGACUUCUAUCAGGAACCCUGGUCCCAGGAGGCUGUCAGCCGCUACUUCUAUUGUAAGAUCCAGCAGCGCAGACAGGAGUUGGAGCAGUCCCUGGGGGUGAGGAACACGUAGGCUCCUCCUCUCUCAGCCUCGGGGCCCCUGGCGCCUCCCUUCCCGCCGUUUGGCUCUAACAUGGUCCCAUCACUGCUACAGACAUCAUGUGCCGCCCCUACUGCCCGCCAUUGGCCCUUAUACCCACCCCACUGAUUGGCCCCUGGCAGUGAGCUCUCCCCAUGAUACUGCCCCCCCUGUGCCUUGGGGCCCUCUGGUGCCCGACGCUUGGGUAAAUGUAUCAGAGUAUCCGUGCCCUGGGCCUGCCCUAGCCUUGUGCCACGAUUGUGCCAUAUUGUGCCAUAAUGUGCCCACGAUUGUGCCAUAAUGUGCCCACGAUUGUGCCAUAAUGUGCCCACGAUUGUGCCAUAAUGUGCCCACGAUUGUGCCAUAAUGUGCCCACGA